AUGUUAGCAAAUGUGGUGUCCAUCUACAAGAAGGGCUGGAAGGAGGAUCCAGGGAGCUACAGACCUGGCAGUCUACCCUUGGUGCCAGGGAAGGUUAUGGAGCAGAUCAUCUUGAGUGCCGUCACGUGGCAGGUGUGGGACAACCAGGUGAUCAGGCCCAGUGAGCAUGGGUUUAUGAAAGACGUGUCCUUCUUGACUAACCUUAUCUCCUUCUGUGACAAGGUGACCCACUUAGUGGAUGAAGGAAGGGCUGUGGGUGUUGUCUACCUAGAGUUUAGGAAAGCCUUUGUCACCAUUUCCCACAGCAUUCUCCUGGACAAACUGGUUGCUUGUGGCUUGGACGGGCAAACCUUUGAAAUGCUCAUCAGACUAGCCGAGAAUUACACAAGCACACUUUUCUGCAAUACGUAUAGAAACAUGGCUGCUGAGGCUACUACACGUGUUCAGGAGUUUUUCACAGAUGUGGGACUCUUCAUAUUUGGCACAGAUAUUAGCACGGAGGAAUUUGUCAACAGAUUUUUUGACAACCUGCUCCCAGUAGUCUACAACCAUGUGAUUAACCCUGGUCUGACGGACAUUUCACUGGAAUAUGCGGAGUGCCUCCGAAUGGCAAGAAGAGGCAUCAGACCCUUUGGUAAUGUUCCCAAAAAAGCCAUAGGACAAAUAGGAAGAUCACUGCUACCCAGCCGGACUUUCUUGCAGGCUCUGAAUGUGGGCAUUGAAGUGAUCAAUACAACAGAUCAUCUUCAUUUCUCUAAAGAUUGCAGCAGAGCCUUGCUGAGGAUGCAGUACUGCCCCCAUUGCCAAGGGCUGACUUUAAGUAAGCCCUGCAUGGGCUACUGCCUCAACGUCAUCCGAGGCUGCUUAGCUAACAUGGCAGAAGUUGAUCUUCAUUGGCGGGGAUAUAUUCUGUCCCUGGAGGAGCUGUCAAGUGCCAUGAGUGGAACAUACGACAUUGAGCAUGUGCUUCUUAACUUUCAUUCACUUGUUAAUGAUGCUCUUGUACAGGCUCGUAGCAAUGGGCUGAAAUUAUCUGAGCAG